AGUUAUACAUGAAAUACUAAAUAAUAUAAUAUUGUUCCCAAUAUAUUUAAAAAAAAUGCUAAUAACAUCAUCCAUAUUUAUUGAUUUUUUCAUUUUGUUGGUGACAGCUGUUUAUGUCUUGCACAUCUACAUAUCUAACAAGUACAAAUACUGGAAAAAACGUGGCGUUUAUUUCCCAAAACCUAAACCAUUCGUUGGAAAUUUUCUCGAUGUAAUCCUACUGAAAAAACAUUCAUCAGAAUGGAUAAAAGACUUAUACGAUCAGAUAGAUAAGGAUUUCUUUGGAGUUUACGUUUUUGAUGAUGCCUAUUUUGUUGCAAAAGACCCGAAUUUAAUUAAAAACAUUUUAGUAAAAAAUUUUAGUCAUUUUGUUAACAGGAAUAUCGCAUCUCCCGAACAUUCUCCUUGCAUCGCUCACAUGCUUUUCUUUCAAAAAGGUUUACCUUGGAAGACAGGUCGAUCUAAAAUAACAGUAGCAUUGACUUCUGGAAAAAUGAAGUCAAUGUUUCCGCUUUUACUGGAAUCUGCGGAAAAUUUAGUAAAUUUCUUGGAAAAGAAUAAUCAAGAUGUCUGGGAGGCUAAAGAAUUGUUUGCCAAAUAUGCAACAGAUGUAAUUUCCAAAUGCUUUUUUGGUAUUAAUUCCCAUAGUUUUGAAAACUUCGAUUCAAAGUUUACUAUUUUAAGGAGAAAAGUAUUCGGAUUUUCCUUCAGAAACAUAUUCGCUCAAACCAUAUAUUUCUUUAAACCAAGUUGGGUGCAACGAUUCAAGAUUGAAUUCGUAGACAAAGAAGUUAUGGAAUACUUCUCGGAAGUGUUUAUGGCAUCAUUGAAAGCUCGUGAAACAAAAAACAGCAGAUACAGCGAUCUAAUUGACAUCAUGAAUGAACUAAAGAAAACUAAGGAGGUUCGAGUCGAUGGGACCGAUGACGUCAUCUUCUGCGGAGCGGCCUUGCAAUUUUUCUUCGCUGGCUUUGAAACUACCAGCUCUGCAAUAGCUUUUACUCUUUAUGAAUUCGCGGUCAAUGUCGAUAUACAAAAAGCAGCGAGAGAAGAAGUCCGAACCGUCAUCGAAAAAUAUGAAGGUAUUUCGAAUGAGGCGGUUAAUGAUCUUCCUUAUCUUGAUAUGUGUCUAAAUGAAACUUUAAGAAAGUACCCAGUACUUCCGUUUCUUGAACGAAAUUGUACGGAAGAUUUCCCAGUACCCAACAGCGAUGUCGUCAUCGAAAAAGGCACGGCCGUUUUGAUUCCGACGUUAGGACUUCAUUUGGACAAAAAUUUGUUUCCAGAUCCGCACAAGUACGACCCUGAAAGAUUUAGAAAUAAGAUUAAUACUACCAACGGUUUGAGUUAUAUACCGUUUGGAGAUGGACCAAGAAAUUGUUUAGGUGAAAGAUUUGGAAGAAUGGCUGCAAAAUUGGCUUUGGUUAGCAUUAUUAAUAAUUUUGAAGUCACCAAAUGUUCGACAACUCCCAUUCCGAUUAUAAUUGAGCCUAAAUGUUUGUUGAUAGAAUCUAAAGGAGGUCUUCCACUUCGAUUCACAAGGCUGCAUUAGUGAUAUUUAGAAAUAAAGCGAUUUAAAUAUGUCAAAAUAAUUAUAACACUAACGCCCGUAUGCACUGUACACGUUUAAUCCAGAUCAAGGGUUUAAACGUGUACGGUACAUACGGUCGUUAAUGAUUUAAUUUAGGGUUUAAAAAAUGUAACUGAUAUAAUUAUGAAAUAAAUUUUUCUAUUAAAAUAUUCCUACAUUUAGUGAAGUAAAUAUUAUUUUGAAUUU